AUGGUGAAGGAGAACAACAUGUACAUGGAGAUGUUGCGUCUCCUGGACCAUUAUGAGGAGGACCUUUACUCUGACUGGUGUGAAGGUUUAGAACAGACCUGCUUGAUGAACCUCAACCAGCCUCUUCUCUCCAGAAACGCCUCAUCUGGCCUGGUCUCAGUCAACUUCAAUCCAAAGCUGACGGAAGUCUUGAAAGAUGUGAAAUAUAUUCAGAGUCUCAGUAAGAUCCAGAUCCCUGCAGCUGCAACGACUGUUUUCGAUAAGCGUGACAUGUUAACAAAGUAUGUGAGCAGUCUGCAGCUGUUGGUACAAUGGUACAACAAGCUCAAGCAGACGGUGCUCGAGGUCGAACUUCCUCUUGUUCGUUCUGAGCUGGAAUCCGUAGACCUGCAGUUGACAAGAGCGGAGAUUGACCUGACGUGGCAGGAUCUGGACAGCGGGAGCUUCAUCAGCACCACCAAAGACCUGGUCCAAGACCUCGUAUGUCGAGUCAGCAGAGCAAAGGAGAACUGUGAAGCCAUUCAGUCACUGAUGAAAGGAUGGAGUAAACAAGUCCUGUUUCACAGGAAGGACAACAAGAGAGGUUCACUCAUACAGUUGGAGGACAGAGGAGAGCGGGUCAAAAGGAAGUACAACGGCUUGAAGAAGGACGGAGAUUCGAUCCACGAGCUGGUGCAGGAGAACAUGGUUCUUUUCCGCGCUGACCCUGCUUCAGAAGCGUGGCAGUCGUACCUGGAGUACGUGGAUGAGAUGGUGGUGGAGGGGCUCUUCAGCUACAUCAGCCUCUCUCUUCAGUUCUUUGUGGACAACAUGGAGUCGUGGCCAAAACUGACGCCUCUGUUCGCGUCUCAGUUGAUGCUGAGUGGCUCAAGAUUGGUCUUCCUCCCCUCACUGGAGCGAGAAGCAGGGGACGGCCUCUAUGAGCUGAUAGAGGGACUGGUCGGAGACAUAUUCAAGACGUCAGUGAAUGUCAACAGAGUGGCUGCUCACCUGAGCACGGAGACCUACCAGGAUGUAAUGGAUGACAUGCUAGAUUUGUUAGACCUGAGGCAUGAAAUAAUGGAGCGAGUGGAGAACGUUCUGAAGAAAGCCAUAAAUUACCAGGAAAAGUUUGACUGCUACACUCAUCUGUGGCAAGAUGACAGGGCUGAGUUCCUCAGCCAGUUUCUCCUGUAUGGACGUGCACUCACAGCUGAGGAGCUGGAGGCUCACAGAGCAGAGGUUCUCCCGGAGAGUCCCCCUACGAUUGAUAACUUCAAAGAGCAGAUUGACUAUUUUGAGGAUCUCUAUACUGAAAUAUCCCAGCUGGAAGAUUUCAGAGUUUUCAACGGAUGGUUUAGGGUGGACAUCAAGUUCUUCAAAGUCAGUGUCCUUAACGUUGUGAUGAAGUGGAGCUGGCUUUUCAAAGAGCACCUCCUGACUUAUGUGACAAACAGUCUUGAUGAGCUGCAGAUGUUUGUCCGGGCCACCGUUGAAGGGCUGAACCAUCCUGUAGCUAAAGGAGACCAGCAUAACAUGACGGAAGUUAUGAGUCACCUGCUGGCAGUGAGAGACAGACAAGCAGCCACAGACAAGAUGUUUGAGCCUCUUAGAGACACGAUAAUCCUCCUGGAACGAUACGGAGUGACCAUAACAGACCAGGUCUACUCUCAGAUGGAGGAACUCCCUGAGAAAUGGUGUGCAGCUAAAAAACUGGCCUUAGAAGUGAGACAUGAAGUGGCACCCAUGCAGAAUACAGAGGUGAUGGUGCUACGGAGACGAUGCAUGGCGUUUGAGGUGAAACAAACCAAAUUCCGGGAGAUGUUCGGAGCAAGUGCGCCCUUCACUUACAAUGCACUGCAUCCCUACGUCAGUCUGGAGAAAUCGGAAAAAGCCAUUCAAAGCAUGGAGAAAGAAGUAGCUGAACUUCAGGAGUCCACCAAUCUGUUUGAUGUUACCAUUCCUGAGUACAGAGACAUCAAGCUCUGCAGAAAAGAGAUCACCGUCCUCAAAGAACUGUGGGACAUUGUUGUAUUUGUGCAGAGCAGUGUGAAAAACUGGACAAUGACCAAAUGGAGGCAGAUAAACGUGGACCAGAUGGAUGCAGAGUUGGGGAGGUUUGCCAAGGACAUGCGGAAGCUUGACAAGGAGGCCCGUGUGUGGGAUGUGUAUUCUGGGUUGGACCUUUAUGUAAAGAACCUGUUGACGUCACUGCGGGCCGUGAGUCAUCUUCAGAACAUGGCCAUACGAGAGCGUCACUGGGCGCAGCUUGUUAGAACCACACAGAUGGACAUCACUGUUACCGACAGCACCACCUUGGACGACCUCUUGGCCCUGAAGCUCCAUUUGUUCGAAGACGAAGUUCGCAACAUAGUGGAUAAGGCGGUGAAAGAAAUGACCAUAGAGAAGGUUGUAACAGAAAUCAGAGAAACGUGGGCGUCGAUGGAGCUUUCAUAUGAAGAUCAUUACCAGACCUCUGUGCCACUUCUUAAAUGUGAUGAGGAUCUUAUCGAAGCUCUUGAGGAUCAUCAGGUUCAGCUCCAGGGCGUCUCUCAGAGCAAACACAUAGAUCACUUCCUGAUCCAGGUGCUGGAUCUACAGAAGCAGCUGACUGUGGCUGACUCUGUGCUGUUGGUCUGGAUGGAGGUGCAAAGGACAUGGGCCUACCUGGAAAGCAUCUUUAAAGGCUGUGAUGACAUCUGCCAACAGCUGCCUGCGGACGCACACAGGUUCCAAGCUAUAGAUGGAGAAUUCAAGGAACUAAUGUUGGACAGUGCCAAGACCAGAAAUGUCAUCGAGGCCACCAACAAACCUCAUCUCUUUGAGAAGCUGGCUCUGUGUGAAAAAGCUCUUGCUGAAUACCUGGAGACAAAGAGACUUGCGUUUCCACGAUUCUACUUCAUUUCAUCUGCGGAUUUGUUGGACAUCCUUUCUAAAGGGAGUCGCCCUAAACAGGUAACUGUCCACCUCUCAAAACUGUUUGCCAACUUGUCAGAUCUGGAGUUUGCAGAAAAUGAACCGGUGGACAAUCCUAAACUUGCGGUGGGCAUGUACAGCAAAGAGAGGGAACAUGUCCCGUUCCAGAUUGAAUGCUGCUGUAAUGGCCCAGUGGAGGCAUGGCUGGCUUGUCUUGAAGAGUCUAUGAAGGAGUGCGUCAGGGGUCACCUAUCUGAGGCUGUGUCAACGUACGAGGACAAGCCCAGAGAGCAGUGGAUUCUCGACCUCCCCGCCCAAGUGGCUCUGACUGGAUCUCAGAUCUGGUGGAGCAACGAUAUGGAGCUUGUGUUUAAAAGACUGGAGGAAGGUUAUGAAUCUGCACUAAAAGACUACAACAAGAAGCAGAUUUCUCAACUGAACUCACUGAUCAGCAUGCUACUGGGAGAGCUGAGCCCGGGCGACAGGCAGAAGAUCAUGACUAUAUGCACCAUUGACGUCCAUGCUAGAGACGUUGUUACAAGCCUCAUCGCGCAAAAGAUCACCACCUCACAAGCCUUCCAGUGGCUUUCCCAGCUCCGACAUUGCUGGAAUGAGCAGCAGCGCCACUGCUUUGUUAACAUCUGUGAUGCUCAGUUCCUUUACUCUUAUGAGUACCUCGGAAACACUCCACGUCUAGUCAUCACUCCACUCACAGACCGCUGCUACAUUACAUUGACUCAGUCACUCCACCUGACUAUGAGUGGAGCCCCAGCAGGUCCUGCUGGAACCGGGAAGACUGAGACCACUAAGGAUCUCGGCAGAGCCAUGGGCAUCAUGGUGUACAUCUUCAACUGUUCUGAACAAAUGGACUACAAGUCAAUCGGAAAUAUCUACAAGGGUCUGGCUCAGACUGGAGCAUGGGGCUGCUUUGAUGAGUUCAAUCGUAUCGCUGUGGAUGUCCUGUCAGUUGUAGCAGUGCAAGUCAAAACAAUACAGGACGCCAUUCGCUCUAAAAAGAAAAGGUUCCUUUUCCUUGAUAAGGAAAUUGACUUAAAGCCCUCUGUGGGGAUUUUUAUCACGAUGAACCCUGGGUAUGCAGGAAGGACAGAGCUACCUGAGAACCUCAAGGCUCUUUUCAGACCCUGUGCCAUGGUGGUGCCCGACACUGAGCUUAUUUGUGAGAUAAUGUUGGUGGCAGAGGGCUUCCGAGGUGCUAAGCUUCUAGCCAGGAAGUUUAUCAGUCUGUAUACUCUCUGCAAAGAACUGCUCUCCAAGCAGGACCACUAUGAUUGGGGUUUGCGCGCUGUCAAGUCUGUCCUGCUUGUGGCAGGGACACUGAGAAGAAGAGACAAGACAAGACCAGAGGACCAGGUGCUGAUGCGUGCUCUGAGGGACUUCAACCUGCCUAAAAUUGUGACUGAGGAUGUGACCAUCUUCUUGGGACUGCUGGGAGACCUGUUCCCGGGCCUAGAGGUGGAGAGAGAGAGGAGCUGCGAAUUUGAAAAGGCAAUCCGGAAAACCACACUGGAGCUCCGACUUCAGCCCGAGGAACCUUUCAUCCUUAAGGUUUGUCAGUAUGCUUUGUAUAACUUGCAAAAAAUACUUCUUCAAAAAAAAAUCUUUUCAUAAACAACUACUUUGAAUCAGGUGGUGCAGUUGGAGGAACUCAUGUCCGUGCGUCAUUCUGUCUUUGUUAUUGGAAAUGCAGGGACUGGGAAAAGCCAGAUAUUGAGAGUUCUCCAUAAAACCAAUGUAAACUUGAAGAGGAGGCCUGUUUGGAAUGACCUCAAUCCAAAGGCAGUCGACAGAGAUGAAUUGUUUGGCUUCAUCCAUCCUGCAACCCGAGAGUGGAAAGAUGGUUUGCUUUCAUCACUGAUGCGAGAGCAGGCCAACAUCUCCCACCGAGGACCUAAGUGGAUUGUGUUGGAUGGAGACAUUGAUCCGAUGUGGAUUGAAUCACUCAACACGGUGAUGGAUGACAACAAGGUCCUGACUCUGGCCAGUAAUGAACGUGUGCCACUAACCACUUCCAUGCGACUGGUGUUUGAAAUCAGUCACCUAAGAACAGCCACUCCUGCCACUGUGUCCAGAGCAGGAAUCCUUUAUGUGAACCAGCAGGACCUGGGCUGGAAUCCGUAUGUUGCCAGCUGGAUCGACCAAAGAGAACGGCAGACAGAAAGAGCCCACCUCACCAUUCUCUUUGAGAAAUACGUUCCUCGUUGUCUAGACAAAAUGAGAAACACAUUUAAGACCAUCACUCCCAUCCCAGAGAACUCUAUGGUUCAGACACUCUGCGCUUUGCUUGACUGCCUUCUAACACCAGAGAAUAUUCCAUCGGACUCUCCACGUGAGCUCUAUGAGACCUACUUCACCUUUGCCUGCAUCUGGGCUUUUGGUGGGGCCAUGUAUCAAGAUCAGCUCUGUGAUUAUCGGGUCGAGUUCAGUCAGUGGUGGACCAAAGAAAUGAAGACGGUGAAGCUGCCGGCACAAGGGACGGUGUUUGACUACUACCUUGACCCUCAGACCAGACGCUUCCUACCCUGGAGUGAUACUGUGCCGCCGUUUGAAAUGGAAACUUGUACGCCAUUACAGGCUGUUCUGGUGCACACAGCAGAGACUGUGCGUCUCCGCUACUUCAUGGACUUGUUGCUGGAGAGGAGACAGCCUCUGAUGCUCGUGGGGAGUGCAGGAGUGGGGAAGACUGCAGUUGUCAGGAACAAGUUAGACUGUCUGCCCGAGAAUUACAUGACCACAAAAGUGCCUUUUAACUACUACACAACCUCCCUCAUGCUGCAGGGGAUCUUGGAGCAACAGUUAGAGAAAAGAGCAGGUAGAAGCUACUCGCCUGUAGGGAACCGAAGGCUGAUAUACUUUAUAGAUGACAUGAACAUGCCAGCUGUUGACGGUUAUGGAACAGUGCAGCCUCAUACACUUAUACGACAACAUCUGGAUUAUGGGCACUGGUAUGACAGACAAAAACUGACCCUAAAAGAAAUACACAACACCCAGUAUGUUGCCUGUAUGAAUCCAACUGCUGGGAGCUUCAAAAUCAACCCCAGACUACAGAGACAUUUCUCAGUGUUUGCAGUGAACUUUCCUUCAGCUGAAACUCAGAUGUCCAUCUUCAGUCAGAUCCUCUGCAGCCACCUGAACCAGCAGCUUUUCAGUCCGCUGGUUCAGAAGAGCGCCCCGACUGUGGUCCAAGCUGCCAUAACUCUUCAUCACAGGAUGGUUCACGGCUUUCUGCCCACAGCGAUCAAAUUUCACUACACAUUUAAUCUACGAGAGUUGUCCAAUGUCUUUCAGGGAAUUCUCUUCGCUGGACCUGAAUGUGUGAGAGACAGCACUGACCUGGCUCGGCUGUGGCUUCACGAGUCCUGCAGAGUGUACUCGGACAGACUGGUAGAUGACAAAGACCUGCAGCUCUUCAGGAAGCUCCAGAUGGAGACUGUGCAUGAAUGCUUUGAGGGACUGGAGGACAGAACGGUGACAAAGGAGCCUCUCCUGUAUUGCCACUUCUUCCAGAUGAGUGAGGAAGCCUCUUAUGCUCGUGUAGCAGACUGGUCUGUGCUCAGGACCGUCCUCACUGAUGCACUGGAGAACUACAAUGAGCUCAAUGCAGCAAUGAAUCUGGUGCUUUUUGAAGAUGCAAUGCAGCAUGUCUGUCGCAUCAGUCGCAUCCUGGAGUCUCCGAGGGGUCACGGCUUACUGGUCGGGGUCGGGGGCAGUGGGAAGCAGAGCUUGACUCGUCUGGCUGCCUACAUGUCCUCUGUGGACGUCUUCCAAAUCACUCUCAGUAAAGGUUAUGGCAUCCAGCACCUCAAGAUGGAUCUGGCCGGUUUGUUCCUGAAGACCGGAGUGAAGAACCAGCGUGUGGCUUUACUCCUGACGGAUGCACAGAUACCUGAUGAGCGGUUCCUGGUCAUCAUUAAUGACUUACUGGCCUCAGGAGAAAUCCCUGAGCUCUUCAGCGAGGAGGAGAUUGAAAGUAUUGUGUCGGGUGUGAGAGCUGAGGUCCGAGCCCUCGGACUGCUGGACAACAGAGAGAACUGCUGGAGGUUCUUUACUGAUCGGGUCCGACUACAGCUCAAGGUGGUAUUGUGUUUGUCCCCUGUCGGCAAUGUCCUCCGUGUUAGAGCCCGUCGGUUCCCGGCCCUCGUCCAAUGCACCACCAUCGACUGGUUCCACCCUUGGACCACUGAUGCUCUGCAGUCGGUCAGCCACAGGUUCAUCCAAGAGAUUGGAGGCAUUGAGCAUUUCCCUCGGUUUGCCAUGUACCAGCGUACUCCAGACAUAGUUAGAUGUUAA